AUGUCAACUAGUAUACUGCCAUUACAGCUUGAAAAACGUAUUUCUUCAGAUUUGUUAAAUAUGGGAGGUCUAGCUGAUGGGAAAUGGGAAGAUAAGCAUGCUUCCAAAAAUGAUCAGUCAUUAGGAUUAAGUGAGAGUGAUGCCUUGUUGAAGAAAAAUGGGAUGAAUGGAAUAGAGAAGCAAGAGGGCAGCAAGGGAGAGGUGAACAUAGAUAGAUGUUACAGUUGGUUGACUGUCCGGGUUGAUGAAGCUGCCAGCGGAAAGAGGAGCCGACAUGACAGCAUGUCUAGUUUCAGCUCUAGCACCAGCUCUUCUCUUCCUAUGCCGCAGGCACCUGAUGGAGGAUGGGGAUGGUUUAUCGUGUUGGGAGCAUUUAUGGUGACUGUAAUAUGUGAUGGCCUGUCUUAUUGUUUUGGUGUUCUCUAUACAGAGUUGAAAGUCCAGUUUGGGGAAAGUCAUAGCAAGACAUCUUUAAUCGGGAGCAUUUUUUACGGCGUGUCAAUGAUUCUGGGUCCUUUUGCCAGUGCUCUAACCACACGGUUUGGCUGCCGGACUAUGACAAUAAUUGGUGGUAUUAUAUCAUCUGUUGGCUUGUUCUUGAGUAGUUUUGCAACAUCCAUAGAAAUGUUAUGCAUAACAUUUAGUGCUAUUGUUGGGACCGGAUUCUCUUUCUGCUACAUAACCAGUGUUGUUGUGGUGGCUUUCUACUUUGACAAAAGGAGAGCUCUUGCAACUGGACUGGCUGUGUGCGGUACGGGUGUUGGAACUUUUACCUUUGCACCGCUGAUGGACUACCUCAUUGUUGAGUUUGGCUGGAGGGGUAUGUUCAUAGUGAUGGCUGGCAUAAGCUUAAAUCUCAUUGUAUGCGGUAUGCUGUUUCGGCCACUGCAGUUUACCGAAAGUGAAAGGUGGGAAAUUUUGCUUCAGGAAUUCAACAAAAUUCCAUACAGUAGAGAAGACAUAGAGUUCUUACGAAAUAGAUACCCUAGCGAUUCUAGUGAUUACCAUUCUGAUGAAGAUAUUUUCGAUGAAGAAGCCAGGACUUUAUCUGUACUGAGCUUACCAACUUUUGUCAGUAUAGAAAUGAUGCGUAUUCCUUCAACUGUGCUAAUGGAAGCAUUAAAGAGCAGUAAGAAUCCCCACCUGACUCUACACAGAUACAUGAAGAAUGCAAUGCUUCAGAUAGAAGGCAGCAGUUUAUUUCAGACUUCACCAGAACGUAUUGGAACAUCUGUUGAUAUUGAAGCUUAUAGUUUGACACCUGACAGCUCCGACAGUGACAUUCCAAACAGUUUACCUGCCUCCAUUCUUAAUGAUUGUCUUUCACACACCUGUGCAAUAAAAUCCAACUGCUUAACUUGUCAAAAAAAUGAGGCUACAGAUGCAGCCGAUUCAUAUUCACGUGAGUCAUUUAGUAAACCGGGCCAGCAUUCACCGAUUAGUUCAAGUCAAGGGAAGCAGAAGACCCAGUUGUAUGCAGUUGUGGGAGGUGGGAAGAGUUACACUGUGCCACAUGAAAGUCACCAACAUGAACGUCGGGAAUUCUCAGGUAUGAGCAACAUACUAACAAACAAGGGUUGCGAAAAGGAGGGAAGGUCUGUGGUCAAGAGACUAAGUGGUGUACAUAUUGGUCGUCACAAUGCUUUGGGCAUUCACCUUCCCUUGUACAGGACCGAUAUUUUCUACAGACGUCUCUUGAGAAACAACCCCGCCCAUAGACAGUGCACGCUAGGUACCAGCUGUCCUGAGCUAUCAGAGUCAGUAGCCCCGGAGACAAGCGGAAACAUCAUUGUGAAGAAAGUGAAAGCUUUUUUUGAAGAAUCGUAUGAUAUGAUGAGGAAUAUGGUUGAGUUCAAAUUAUUCCUUAAUCCUUUCUUCCUUGUCUUUGUGUCAUCAAAUUUUAUUUUCUACUUCUGGGAUGAUAUACCAUACAUGUAUGCAUCGGACCAUGCCCAAUCAACUGGAGUAGAACAACACAAAGCUUCAUUUCUGAUAUCCGUCAUUGGAAUCUUCAACACAGUUGGCCAGGUAGUAUUCGGCUUUGUAGGUGAUAUGGACAUUAAUCUUCUGAGUGUGUAUGCCAUUAUCUCCUCUGUGGCUGGCCUGUUUGUGGCUCUGAUUCCCUUGAUGAAAACCUACGUCAGUCUAGCAGCAACAUAUUCCCUGUUUGGCUUCUUUAUCAGUGUGAGCUUCCCUCUGACCACUGUCUUGCUGGUGAACUACUUGGGUGUGGCAAAGCUGACAAGUGCCUACGGUCUGUUGAUGCUGGUGCAAGGUGUGGCCAAUGUUGGUGGACCACCAUUUGCAGGUUGGUUGACCGAUACCACUGGCAACUUUGAUUUGACCUUCUACUUAUGUGGCUUCUUUUAUGCUGUGUCCGGACUGGUGAUGUUUUUAGUCUACAUACCCAAAUGUGUGAAAUAUGUCAAGCCUAAAAGAGGUUCCAUGGAUUACACUGGUUCUGUUGAUGAUGUAUAG